UUUCCGAUUCCAUAGGACGAUCCACGUUACGUAUAUCUGCGUAGAUAACGCGUCACUGGUGGCGGUGGCGGACGGACGGGCGGACAGGCCAACGUAUAUAUAAGAUACGGAAACAGACCGGUCAUUCAAUGCGCACACUGUGGUUAUGUGUUCAACAUAUUAUAGACCUACUUCGCAACACUGUCCGUGUCUCGCAUAUGCUGUUGCUGCCGCACAAACGACCAGUCCUCGUUCAUUCAGUCCGUGUAUUUCGGUUUAAUUUUCGAUUGGUCGCGUUUCACGUUUCCGUUCAAUCCGAUUUCGAGUACGGUCGUUCGUAUUUUUGUAUUCAAUGUGUGCAAUAGUAUAUGUAUUUAAAUUUUAAAAUAUUAUACUAUAAGCUCACCAUAUACACACAUAACCUCGCCAUAGUCCACACAGACUUCUAUAGUAAUACUUUGUUGUCGACUCCAGCACAUGACGGUCAACAGUGAGGUCCAGCAGACUCCAGCGCAAAAUAUGGACGAUACGGAAUCAUCGUGUCCGAAAUGCGUUUUCGACCGCCUGCCACCGGAAAUGAUCCGAUUCAUAUUCCGGAAGCAGUCCACGGAUGAUCUGCUACAGGCGUCGGCGACCACCGAUCGAUUGUACCGAGUGGCCCAGCACCACAUGUACGCGUCGGAAGGCGCACUGCUAGUGCGCGGUGGUCAGGACACAGCGGCCACCGUGACGCGGACGUACGACGUGCGGAACGUAACGUCACUGUACCUGGUGGACGUGUAUGACUUCGACCGCGACGUGCCCAGACAACUGAGACGGUUCGACGAACGCAGCAGUGACGACGGCGAACGUAACGAAGAAAACGGUAACGAAGGCGGUGAACAUAGCGGCGACGACGACGACGACGACGACGACGACUGCGUUGGCAGUGCAUGUAGCGACGGUGAAUGUGACGACAGCGAUAAAUGUCGUGGCAGCCGAUCGUCUGCGUUGGAAGUGUUGCACGUGGGUUACGGCCGAGACGUGCAGUACGCCAACCUGCCGGUCGAAAGUCUGCGCCGCUUGUUGUCCGAAGUCCGCGCCCGGCGGGUGUGCUUCAGCAACGUGGUGAUGACGGCCGAUGACGUGGCCGACGCGGUGUCUGCCAUGCUCGAGGCCCGCGACGACGCUGACGACCUAAACGGAAACAACGGCGAAAACGACGACGACGACGGCCAAAGCGGCGACGGCAGCGACAGUGGCGUGGACGACGACCUCGACCGCCGGCCGCCGGUGCUCAGGUGCUCGCACGACCGGGCCGACGACCGCCGGGUGGUCGAGCUCAUGGACGCCGUCGAGCGCACGUGCGCAGGUCUGCUGUCCGAGUUCAGGGUGACGAUCCGCCGGCCGGCGCCGCACGCGUACGCCGUCUACCCGGUGUCCCGGUGCGGGAGCGCGGCCGACUGGGACGACGCGGCCAACGCCGCGGACGCCUCGGCCGCCGUCGCCGCCGAGACGCAAGACCUGCUCGCGCUCACCGCGGCCGACUGUUCCGGACUGGGCCCGGCCGCGUACAAGCGGUUGGUGCCCGCGUGCCGCCGGUUGCGCCGGUUGACCAUGAAGGCCGCCCGGCAAGUGAACGACGACGGGUUCGUGGCUGUGGCCGGGAUGCCGUCACUCCAACACCUCGACGUCGAAGGCCUGUCGAACGUCACGUCCGACGGUCUGCUCAGUGGUCUCGUGAGCGCCACCGGACUGCAGUCGCUGGGCCUGGCCGAUUGUCCCUACGUGACGGACGACGUGCUGCGCCGGAUCGGCGAGAUGACGCAGCUGCGCAAUCUCCGGCUGGACCUGACCGACUGCGACAAGACGACGGCGGCCGGCGUGACGGACAUGCUCGCCGGCUGCGAGCGGCUCCGCGACCUGGACCUGACGCUGCCGCUGAACGCCGGUUACGUGGCCGCGGCCGCGUCCGCCGGCCGCCUGGACCAGCUCCGCGCGUUUCGGCUGACGUUCGAGCGGCUGUCGUUCCAAGACCACCUGGACGAUCAGCCGGCCGACGUCGACUGGCAGCGGUCGCUGGCCGCCGGUUUUCCGGACCGCGUCGAAUUCAGCGUCCGGCAGACGUUCACCAGGAUCACCGUGACGGUCGACUGAUCGGUGAACAACGCGCGAAGUCCGACGUCGGCGCUUUUGGGCGGCGGGUGGCCGGUGUACUCUGACGCGUUUGCUUUUUCCGCUUCGUAGUAUCGGUCUGCCGACAAGAUUUGCAAACGCUUCGAUGACCGACCGACGCACAUACAAGUCGAAAUACAUUACAAAAACCGUAUGACGCCGGUAAUAGAACAUAUCGUGUGUGUGUGUGUAAUGUGCAUAUUAUUAUUAUUAUCAUGUAAAUUAUUGGUACGCAUGACAAAUACUAUUUCCGAUUUGUAACUUUCCGGUUUUUGUUUUUAUACCAAUCACGUUCAAUAAUAUGAUUGGUACCCUUCAACUCGACAUACCCGCGCCGUACACAUCAUACACGAAACACAUAUACCGUUGUACAUAUUAUUAUUAUUACGAGUCGGCGGCACUCGCGUUGCAAAAAAUUCAAACGGCGUCACCGACUGAGAACUGCUCGAGAUUAGUUUAGCUUGUCAGGACGAGAGAAAACCACUCGUCCCUUUGUGUGCCCGUCACCACUGUCGUCGUACGUUCAGAUAUUGUAUAACAUUAUGCCGCUGACUUUGAUCGAAAUCGAUACACGCACAUCUGGUUCCGAUUUGUUGGCGAGUGCGCGUCCGCCAGGUUUCCGUGUGAUUCAAACGCUGUCGCGCGUGCCGAAGUGGUGCGUCGUACACGUGGGACUUACGUCGUUGUAACUUGUACAUAUACGGAUAACACACAAUCAUUAACAAAUAUAACAAUAUUAUAGUUAUAUCGUUAUCGUAUAUCCAUAUUUUAUUAUACUCUACUAUUCAUACUCACUCCUAUAUAGCGUAAAUUAUCUUAUUUUACUUUAUAAUAUUGUUGUCGUUAUUAUUAUUUAUAAUAUUUAUAACAUGUCGAAACUAGUCAAAAAUAGUAAUUUGUUAUCGAUAACGAUAAUCAUGUU